AAUGAUGUGGGAUUUGGAGAAGGGAGUCAAAGACUUUGAAUGUGACGGUCAUGCCGGUGACGUGAUAAGCAUGUCAUUACAUCCUGACAAAACCUCUUUUGUGACAGGAUCUGUUGACAGAAGUGUGAAACUGUGGGAUAUCCGAGAUGGAAAAUGUAAGCAAACAUUCUGGGGCCAUGAAUCAGAUGUGAAUUCAGUUUGCUUCCAUUCGAGCGGUUUCUACUUCGGCACGGGAUCCGAUGAUAAAUCAGCCCGCAUGUUCGACAUUCGAGCUGACCAGCAGAUCGGACUGUACAAGACACCUUCUAAUAAAAGUGGAUUUACGUCUUGUGGAUUGUCUACAAGUGGUCGAAUGAUGAUGUGUGGAUCGGAUGAUUCUGCAGUACAUAGUUGGGACACUCUCAAGGCAAAACAUAAUGGUUGCCUGACAGGUCAUGAAAACAGAGUUUCAUCAUUAAGUAUGCCAGACAACGGAAUGGCUGUAGUGACUGGUUCUUGGGAUUCCAGCGUUCGAGUGUGGAACUGAGUGAACUAUUUUGCAUUUUGAAUGUGAAACUAAUUUUACAAGCAUCAACUACAAAGUGUCUUUUUUUGUUAUUGUUUUAACUGUUUGAAUUUAACUACUUAGUUAUUUACAAUUUACUUUUAUCUUCACUGAUUAAGGGAAGAUCAUAAGGUGAAAAAUAUAAUUUUCUAAAAUUCAUUACCUAAAAGAGGGAUUUAGAAAGCGCUAAAAGUGAAUUGGAGAAAAGCAUAAAUUUUUUUUAGAAAAUUAAAAUUUUUUUUCUUCUUCAAUCUGAGAAUUUUUAUAUUUAAAAUUUUUUUUAUUUUAAAAAAAGCAGCUUUAAUGAUUGAUUUAGAGUUUAUAUUAAACUCUGAUUUAGAAUAAUUUUGGAUAAAAUGCUUAAAAUAAAGUAAAUAUUUAUUUCGCUAUCACUACAAAAAAUCUACUUCAAAAAGUGCUAACAUUAGCACCACUUGUAAAAGCAUCUAAUAUACAUAAAAGGUAUUUUUAAAACUCUUGUCUAUAAAUCUGGAAUAUAGUUUUUAAAUGCAUCUCCAUGCUCUCACAUAGCUUACCUCACCUUUUAAAACAAUUAAUCUGGAAAUUCUACUAAAUUUUUUAAAACUUGAAUCAAAAAUACUGUUAAUUUAGUUAACAUUGCUACUAACACACACUUAAAAAUGUAUCGAUGGUAUGUCUGUGUUAAAAGUGGCAGGGAAGAGCUAAGAAAGCGUUUAGCAACUGCAACAAAGAGUAGACGUAAAGAUAAACAGCUUUAUUCACCAAUUUUAAAUUACAUACGGUUUUUAUUUUAUUUAUUUUUUUUGUUUUAACUGACAAAACACAACUAGACUCGAAUUUGACUUUCACACUGACAAUGGCGAAAAUAAAAUGAAGCUGACAUGCACAGCUCCUUUGUACACAAGAAGAUAUUCCAGUAUUAUAUGAACAGUGUCAGAUAUAACAGUAUUUUCCGACUCUCACUGAGAGCUGUAAAAGUGACAGCACAGGGGGGAGGAUUUAAUACUAUACACACAAGAGGCUGCAUGCUCCGAGCUAGAAUGCUAACUGGCUAAAGCAACAAAAACAAUUAAGUAAAAUUUGAAAUAGACAAUGGCUGCUACAUUUUCCACUACAUCUACUUAUAUAAACAUAGGAGCCUACAAUGUAAGUUCCUUUCCGUUUGUUGAAAGAAAGAUUAGUUAUUUUUUUAUUUUAAUCAAGGGCAGCCUGAAAGUAACAACACCACCAUCUUGUGAAAUUCCAUGAAUAGAGACUUGAGUGCAAUAACACAUUGGGAAAUUACAUUAUGCACCAAAAAAAGUGUAUUGUAAAGAACCAUCAGCAUUUUUGUCAGAUGCUGAUCAGACAGAAAACAGCAGAAAUGCAUUGUUAUUUUAUUUUGGCAGUCUUAAAGUAGGACUGUCCCGGUAGAAGAAAAAAGAAAAACGUUGGCUAAAUGAAGCCAACAGAGAGGAAAGUUGGCAGAGAAAUUGUGUUAAUAAUUUAUAUAAAACUACAACUUUGAGAAUAGCAAAGAAAUAUUUCAUACUAUUUUUUUUCCCUCCAUUGAUAUUUUAUAGAUGUUACUACAUAGUAAAACUUUUUCUUAUAUAACAUAAAAGCAUUGAUAAAAAAAAAACUAUAAAUAAUACAGACGUGCGUAAAAGAUUUACAAACUUUUACAGUACACAAAACCUUCAUUUUUUUUUAUUUAAAAAAACCUCUUGUAGCUUUUGUCUUGUUGUUUUCAUAUGCUAUCUUUCUUACCACUGCAUUGGCAGUUACAGACUUUAUAGUCUGCAAGUUGAGUUCAACUUGGAAUAUACUUCAGCAGUGAUUAUAGUUGGGCAAGUUCCACAUCAUCUUCAUGGUCCCAAGAAGAGUGAAACUGGGGAAGGGGGAGGUCUGCCCCUUUGACUCGGGCAGACAUUUUAAACAGUCACAAUCUAGAUUAUUCAUGUGAUUUGACCACAAAUAACGAAUUCACAUUAUUUACAAAUGGAAUCCACAUCUAGCACUCGUAACAUAACUGACUUCACAAUAAGGUUUUACAAUGAUACAUUUAUUUAAAGCCUGGAAUAGAAUUUGAUACAAGUCCAUAGUCUUGAUCAUAAUUAAAAAAAAAAGCUCAACUCUGAAAAUUAAUAAGAAUGGCAUAUCUACGCAUGGGAUCCCAUAUUUGUCUAUGUGCAACCCUUCUGUGUUAGGUGAGCGAGAGACCAGCCGGGGCUCAAACGGAUCUCUCAGGCCAGCCAACACAUUGACCGUAAAAAUCUUUAAAAAACCAAAA